AUGGGGGCCGCGUCUGUCCGCCUGCACAGGGGGCUUUUACCAGGAGGAUCCUUUUGCUACAGCCUCGGGGGCCAUGGGGGCCGCGUCUGUCCGCCUGCACAGGGGGCUUUUACCAGGAGGAUCCUUUUGGGUCAGCCAAAGGGUAAAGAUAUUGACUAUGAAAGAAAAAGUGAUCUAUAUAAAGACAUAGUCACAUUUUUAAGGGGGAGAUCACCUAGAUUUGUAGAAAAUAUGGCUAAACAGGAAUAUAGUUUUUCUAAAGAACCAGCACAUGAGAAGAAUAAUCAGCAUGUGGAAGGUGCUGAGAUUUCUGGCCAAUCAAAGAGCCUUCAUGAUCUUACAGAAAAGACUGAAUGUGAGAAAGGGAAAAGUUCCUCAGCAGGACCCACUGGCCAUAGGUUAAAACCAUAUAUGAAGUGGAAGAGCAGUGGGCUUUCUGCUUCCCAAAGACCCCGAUCCAGUGACAAGGCUCCAAAAAAAGACUCUGAAGAAGAAAGGAAAAGUAGAACUGUACCUCUGAAUACAAAAAAGAAAGCCAGUGGCAAAUCUAAAACGGUUAAAAUUCAAGAAAAUUCAAAAUGUAAAGCAUCAAGCAGCCUUGAAGAUGUUAGUGAAAGUUCCUCAGAGGCUGAUGAAGAUGAACAGCCUAUACGUCGUCAGGAAGGAAGCACUGAUUUGUCAGCAGAAUACUGGGGAAUUCAAAAACUUGCAAAAUAUGUAAAAGGAGGUGAUCCAACAGCCACUCUAAUUGCACUGUGUUCAAUGAGGGAUUUCAAUCUGUCUGAAGAAACAUGUCAGCUGGCCAUCAAAGACACUGGAUGUCUUGAAGUGUUAAUUAAUUUACUUGAUACAGAAGAAAUUAAAUGUCAGACUGGUUCAUUAAAAAUCCUGAAGGAAAUUAGUCAAAAUAUAUUGAUCAGACAUGCAAUUGCAGAUCUUGGAGGCUUAGAGAUCAUGGUGAAAAUACUGGACUCUCCAGAUAACAAUCUAAAAUGUUUAGCAGCUGAAACCAUUGCCAAUGUUGCUAGAUUUAAACGAGCACGAAAGACAGUCAGGCAACAUGGAGGAAUCAAGAGAUUGGUUGAGCUGUUGGAAUCUAUUUCGGUGGGAUCAUCAUACCAAGCCAAAGACACUGAAACAGUACGCUGUGCAGCUUUGGCACUCUGGAGCUGCAGCAAAAGCACCAAAAACAAGAAAGCAAUCCGUAAAGCUGGUGGCAUUCCAUUACUAGCUAGAUGGCUCAAAUGCUCACACACAGACAUCUUAAUCCCAAUAGUGGGGAUGCUACAAGAAUGUGCCUCAGAGCCAAGUUACAGACUUGCAAUAAGAACAGAAGGCAUGAUUGAGAACCUAGUGAAAAAUCUGAGUAGUGAACACGAGGAGCUCCAGAUGCAUUGUGCAAGUGCCAUAUUUAAGUGCGCAGAAGAUGAAGAAAUACGUGACUUGGUUAGAAAACAUGAAGGUCUACAACCCCUAUCUGUUCUGCUUGAUAAAAGUGAAAACAAACAACUUUUGGCAGCUGUGACAGGAGCAAUCUGGAAAUGUGCAAUCAGUAGAGAAAAUGUGUUAAAAUUUCAGGAAUAUAAAACCAUAGAAACUUUGGUAACACUGCUUACUGAUCAGCCUGAAGAGGUCCUUAUAAAUGUCAUUGGAGCACUGGGAGAAUGUUGCCAAGAGGAAGAAAAUCGAGAAGCCAUCCGCAGAUGUGGUGGAAUUGCACCUAUAGUGAAGUUACUGACUGCAACCAAUCAGGCCCUGCUUGUGAAUGUCAACAAAGCAGUGGGAGGUUGUGCAAUGGAACCUGAAAAUAUGGCGAUAAUUGACAGUCUAGAUGGAGUCCGUUUGCUAUGGUCAUUGUUGAAAAAUCCUAACCCAGAUGUUCAAGCAAGUGCAGCUUGGGCUCUUUGUCCUUGUGUUGAAAAUGCUAAGAAUUCUGGGGAGAUGGUUCGAUCGUUUGUUGGCGGCUUGGAACUGAUAGUCAAUUUGCUAAAAUCGAAGGAUAAAGAAGUUUUAACAAGUGUAUGUGCAGCCAUUUCACAUAUAGCUAAAGAUCAAGAAAACUUAGCUGUUAUGACAGAUCAUGGAGUUGUUCCUCUGUUGUCCAAGCUAGCAAACACAAACAAUAACAAGUUAAGACGUCACUUAGCAGAGGCCAUUGCCCACUGUUGCAAGUGGGGCAGCAACAGAGUUGCCUUUGGAGAGACCAAGGCUGUGGCUCCUUUAGCACGUUACUUGAAGGCAAAGGAUCCGUUAGUUCAUAGAGCUACAGCUCUGGCUUUAUAUCAACUUUCAGAGGAUCCCAACAACUGUGUCAUCAUGCAUGAAAAUGGAGUGGUGAAGCUCCUACUGGCCAUGGUAGGCUCUACAGAUGACACUCUGCAGGAGGCAGCAGCUGGUUGCAUAGCAAACAUUCGCAGAUUGGCUCUGGCAACAGAAAAAGCAAAAUAUGGCUGAUGCUUCAG